AUGGACAUGAAUGUGGGCUGCUUAAUUUCUCAUCAGAUCUCUAUGAUCGCCCAGCACGACUCCUCUAGACUUGGGUUUCCAUCCUUAAUCAUUGCUUUAUGUAGAGCUAGAGGAGUCACUUAUGAUUCUAGGAUGCUGGAGAGUCUUCGUCCCACCAUUAAUUUGGCAUAUGUGAAGAAGAACUGUUGGAAUCUUGAUGAUCUAACAGUGACUUUCAGAGGGCCUCGCAAGGCCAAGGGGAAGAGGUCAGAGACUCUCCCAUCUUCUGAGAUUCCCUCAUCAGCAACUCCUUCCAUUAUAGCUCCAGCUUCUUCUACCCCAUCUCCAUCUGCUCCAGCUUCAUCUUUACCAACACCAGCUUCAGCUCCCACUCCUUUGCCAGUUCUUGCUGCAGUUUCUACAGGACUCUCCUCAUUCACCUCUAAGACUUUAUUUGCUAUGUUGCAGAGCCUGCACAAAGGCUAUAUCAUCAUCGUGCAGUGCCUACAGAGCUCAGUUUUGCAACCUAUGAUGAGCAUGGAGGAGUUCCUUAGCAAGAUGGCUUGGCCAGGAGUCCAGCCUUCUCCUUCGGGAGGAGGUGAGGCCUCCACAGCCCAAGAGCCUGUGCCAGAGGAGGACGAGCCCAUCCCUCCUGAGCCAUUUGUUUAUGAGACUGAUCCAGUUAGUGCUCAGGAGGAGGUAGCAUCACCAGCUCCAGUUCCUGUCUCUCCAGCACCCAUUACUGAUGAUUACCAUCCAUCUGCACCAGCAUUGGAGCAAGAGCAGCCCAUUCCAUAG